ACAAUCUUUCGAAAUCGUGCUGUUCCUACCCCAAUAUCUUCCCUUCAACGACAUCGACAACCAAAAUCAACCAAAAUGGCACCAAAGGCAAAGGCCGCUCGUCCAGCACAGGAGAACAUCUCCCUCGGCCCCCAAGUCAGAGAUGGUAAGUUCCCAUUUCCCCUCGUUCUUCAAGCAAAAAAAUCGAACCAAAACUCACAAAACGUGCAGGUGAACUCGUAUUCGGUGUUGCCCGUAUCUUCGCAUCUUUCAACGAUACCUUCGUCCAUGUCACCGAUCUCAGGUCCGUGAGCCCUUGAAUACUCGUGGAGGAACAUUAUGCGAAUUUUUAUAUGUGCAAAAAUAAGUGGAAUGGUCCAUAGGCUGACUUUCUGGGUGAUUCCAGUGGCCGCGAAACCAUCACUCGUGUCACCGGAGGCAUGAAGGUCAAGGCCGAUCGUGAUGAGUCUUCUCCAUACGCCGCUAUGUUGGCUGCUCAAGAUGUUGCUAUUCGAUGCAAGGAAUUGGGUAUCAACGCUCUUCACAUCAAGAUCCGUGCCACUGGAGGUAAGCUACUGGGUCAAUUAUCUCAACCAAGAGGCAUAUACUGAUAUAUCAACAGGUAACGGAACCAAGACCCCAGGUCCAGGAGCUCAAUCCGCUCUCCGUGCUCUGGCCCGUUCAGGAAUGAAGAUUGGCAGAAUUGAGGAUGUCACCCCAACACCAUCCGACUCCACCCGUCGCAAGGGAGGUCGCCGUGGUCGUCGUCUUUAGAUUACUGGUUUUAUGGCUGGUUGCAUGGCAUGGUAUUUGGGUUUCACAGUGGGAAUAGACACGACGCGGAGGACGGCAAUAAUCGCCCGACCUCCAGAUUUACUCAGACGAUAGCUACUGCAGCUGCGGAAAAUCAAAAAUUCUUGCAGAAACUUCUGGUUCCUUUUCUGUGAAAUAUAAUCCGUCUGUAGCUUUAUUGACAAAUUACUGAUCCUGCCAUAUUGAAGUCCUGUCCAUGCCAUUGCCAUUAUUGCCAGUUUCCUUCCAGCCUCCUU